UGCGUUUACAAUACGCAUUGUUUUCCUAUAUCGUUCCAGUUUUAUCUAAUAAUCUCGAAGAAAUAAGAAAAACACGUUAUUACUAGGGAGGUCUGUAGCAGUCAAUCACAACAUCUAAACACUAGCUAGGGUAAUAUGGCUUCCUCUCAACAGCUACCAGCUUCAACAUCAAUACUGCAAAAUGAAGACACAACAGUUGUGGAGCAGAUGAUGAAAGAGGCAGAGAAAAUUCUACUCUCAAACAAUCCUAAUGUUGAGAAAAUGCAACUACAAAUUGCUGGCUGCAUACUGAACAUAACCAAGGGAAGCCGGUUACAUAUUCAUAAUAAACAUGAUUGGAGUGGCCAAGUAAGUUUUCGAGCCGAGUUUCCGACAGAAAUUCCUAUAGGAGGGACGGCGAAGUUUGUACACUAUGGAGCUCCUUCAAAAGGCUCCAAGGCUGCUGUGGUGUAUGCUAGUGUCAAUUGUGCAUGGCUCUUGGCUUGGUAUGUACCCUUCGGCGAUGAGCCUAACAAGGUAUACGUAGAAAAUGGGGCAAAAGAAAAUUAUAACGUCAUAGAUUGGUAUGAAAUAGAAAGAAAACUGGAAGCAUCGGGCAACAUGAGUGUUUAUGAAGACGUGCCCACAAGAUGCAAGUCCAUUGCAGAGCUUAAUGGUGAUGGCAAAAAGGUUAAACUUGGUGCUAUGUUCCUCAAUGGAUGACUGGCUAGAAUGUUUAAUCUUGUUGAUGGAUUAUAUGUCUACAGGGGUAACUGUAUGCUGUUAUUAAGUCCAGAGCCAUGUUCAAGAGUAGACCUUGAACUAUAUUAUACUUCUAUAAAUAAAGGCUCUGUUUAUAUAGACUUCGUUUGUAGUUGAUAUCAACAUAUAAGAAAUAACGAAGAUGAUGCCUCUCAUGUAAACUUUAUGAUUGCAUAGGCAAUAGUCUGUUUGGAUGAUCUUGAUGUUAUUGCAAACUAUUAUGAACUACGUUACUUCA